AAAUGUCCGAAAAGCCAAAGAACACCACAACCGUAUAAUCGUGCUGAAAUUGUAAAUUGGCAAUUCAUGGAGUUUUCCACCAUGGAAGCUCCCGUAAGGAUCUUCAAUCGCCAGCUCUUCACUAAAUUAACAUCUCCACCAACAAUAAAGUCUCUCAUUUCUUCUUCUUCUCGAUCACUGACAUUCCCUCAAUACCGUCGCCAUAUCCACAUCCGCUCUUCUCAUUCACCAUUUCUAAACCCAAACCCGAACCCAUUUCGCUUUCUUGUAUCUGUUUCCUCUUCUCAUCUCUCGAAUCUAUCAAUCCCUGUAAAUAGUGUUUGUAAUUUUAAUUUCAGUUUCAAAUCCAAUCCAAACAAAGGCAUUUUCACUUGGAACAAAUCUCCCGGGACCGUUAUCAAUGGGAAAAACGUGGGUGUUUUGGGUGCCAAAGACCCAGUUGCUACAGUUGUGUUGCUGGGUUGGCUAGGAGCGAAGCAGAAACAUCUAAAGAAGUACGUUGAAUGGUAUAACUCGAGAGGGAUUCACGCUAUUACUUUCGUUGUUGAAGUGGGUGAGUUGCUUUGUUUUGAUCUGGGAGACAGAGUUGAGAAGCGAUUUACUUCUUUGGCAAAUGAGCUCAUUUCUUGGGUUUCUGAGGAUGAGGAAAAUGGUAGAGAACGGUGUUUGGUUUUUCACACAUUUAGCAACACCGGUUGGUUCUUAUACGGAUAUAUUCUUGACAUUCUUCAACUUCAAAAUAAAGAACACUUGAAGGAGAAGAUCAAAGGCUGUGUUGUUGAUUCAGGAGGAGGCGAGCCCUUUAAUCCUAAGGUCUGGGCUGCUGGAUUUUCUGCUGCUUUGUUGAAGAAAAGCAGUUCUGCAAUACACCCUUUGGCUGAGAUCAAACACCAAGCCAUUAAGUUAAAUAUGCAGGAAAAUAAAUCACCUUUAGUUGAAGUCUUGGUGCUAGCGGUUUUGGAGAAGCUAUUCUCUAAAAUGCUGAAGUUGCCUGAUGUGGAGCGGAAGUUAAAGAAGAUUGUCUUUGUUCUCUCAGAGAAUCAGCCCCAUUGUCCUCAGCUUUAUCUGUACAGCACAGCUGAUAAGGUCGUUCCAUUUCAAUCAAUAGAGUUGCAGAUGGAGGACCAGAGGAAGAUAGGAAGAAAAGUAGUAUCCUAUAAUUUUGGAUCAUCCCCUCAUGUUGAUCACUAUCGAACUUUCCCAGACACAUAUCUAUCGGUGCUUCAUAAUUUCUUGAGAGAGUGUUUUGCAAUAGCUAAGUAGACGUAAGUUCUGCAAAUGCGUUAUAUUUUAUUUACAUUGAGAUAUCAUUUUGGUUCUGUAGAUGUGGCCAGGGCGGGUUUUGGAAUAUGAAUAAUAGUUUUCUGAAGUUUCAGAAUAGGAAUGAUAGUUUCCUGAAGUUACCAGAGCUGUGUGUAUGUGUACUCUUAGGCUUUGUUGUAGUAGCACUGGAACAGAAACCAAUAGAGUUGUGAGAAGCUAUCUAGCACCUGUAUCAUAGGGGUCGUUAGUGUCCUUGAGAACAUUUCAACUGUUAGCUAACCAAACUGUUACACAUUUGAUGCAUGGUUGGCUGUCGCAUUUUGAUGCUUUCUGGCUGUUAUUUAAUGAUGAAUGACAAUGUUACGGCCAGAAUUCAGAAA